UCAUUCUUCUGUGUAGUGUACAAGAUUUAAUGCAAUUUUGUCUAGGUUUAGGGGGUAUUCCAUAGUUUCUUGAUAAAUUAGUUUCAUUCCUUUUUUUCUGCCAGUGAUCAAACAUACUGUUACUAUUUUUAAAUCAUUACUUGCUAGAAUUUAGGGACUUUGUAAUUUGCCUGAUCUUAGACUCAAUCAGGAUGAUGUGUCUAAAUUGACACUCACUAUGUAAAGGGUUAAGUGCUAUUUAGUCAGGUUCUUUAUCUCAACAACUAUCUUUGAAUAAAUAACUGACAAGAGUUUACAAAUAGAUUCUAUCAUGCAUGCUGACCUUACUAAAAGAGUCUAAAUGGUCUCAUACUAUGCUAUAAAUCUCAAAGCUUCUUCUAUAAAGGAUAUGUGACUAUUUUUGUUUGCAGGUGUGGAUUGCAAGUUAUUGUGAUUCAAAUAUGAAAACUCCUGGAGCCCUCCUACUUAUUCUGGCUUGUUGCCUACGAGUUGCCAGUUCCCAGAACUACUGUUAUGCUGAUGACAAGAACCCUUACCUCAACUUUUCCACCAAGACUGCCUAUGAUCACGAAUACAAUAGGGAGGGAAUUCCACCAGUGCCAGGAUGCAAGCCCUUGCAAAUGUGGCUGGUGUGUCGACAUGGGACUCGAUAUCCUGGCUCACACAGUAUCAAGUGGUUCCAGAACCUGGAGAUAAUCAGAGAUCAGAUUGUUGCCAACUACUACGAAAAAAAGACCACCCUCUGCCAAGAAGAUGUGGACAACUUGAAGACAUGGUCAUUUAAUAUGAAAAAAUCUGAAGCUGACCAGUUGACAGAUCAGGGUAGACAAGAUCUCUAUGGGAUGGGCCAACGAUUUCUUUCAUACUUCCCGGAACUGCUCAACACUUCAUACUCCCCUAAGAAUUUCACCUUUCGUCACACUAAAACGAACCGUACGGCCGAGAGUGCAGAGUAUUUCGCUAAGGGUGUGUUUGGGUUCAACUUCAACACACCUCUCCCUCCAGCUGUCGCUGUUGAUCGUCUCAUACAGCCCUACAAGAUCUGUGCAGCUUGGCUGAACUUUACCAAAUCAAAGCAAGAACAGAAUGAGUUCUAUGACACUCAGUUUGCACAAGAAGUAUUAGCCAAUGUCAACUACCGCCUUGGUCUCGACAACGUCUCUCUGGAAACUGUUCUUGCCAUGUAUGAUGGUUGCCGGUUUCAAGCAUCUUGGAAUGUGACAUCUGUUUCUCCAUGGUGUGCAGUCUUCAGCAAAAGUGAUUUGGAAGUUUUGGAGUACGCUCAGGAUGUAAAGUAUUACUACAAAUCUGGGCCAGGUAGAGUUGUUAACCACAGACUAGCGUGUCCUCUCCUCAGAGAUCUCAUUAAUAAGUUCAGUGCAGUGGAAACACAACCUGACGUGAAGCACCCUAAUGCUCUUCUCUACUUCACACAUGACUAUAUGGUGGACAUAUUGGGAGUGGGACUAGGCCUGGCCAGCAAUCCCACCCCUCUCACUGGUCACAACUACCCACAGCAACAGAACCGUCAGUUCCGCUCCUCACGAAUCACCCCCUUUGCUGCCAACAUUAUGGCUGUCCUCUACAGGUGUACACAGGGUGAACCUCUCCAAGUGAUGUUCUACUUAUCUGAACGUCCAGUUGACCUCCCAGGCUGUAGCGGGGGUCGGUGUGCCUGGGCUGACUUCAAACGCAGAUUCGCUGCCACAGUCAACGCUUCUACUUGUACAGACUUUGACUACUGUAAUAGCACCAAAACUUCCAAAGCAGACUCAGCCCUCCUGGUCAGCACCUAUCUACUCUCUGCCAUUCUACUUACCUCUGCUCUAAUCUACUGCAGAUAGCAGGGCAAUCCUCAGAAUUGUCAGACAAAUAUCCUUAAGGUUAAAUAUGGCUAUUUAUUUAUUUAUACGUUAUAUUAAGUGACAACAUAGCAAACAACUUUUUUCAUAAUCCACAAAAAAUACAUAUUUAAUUAUGUAAUACAGGGUACAUUUUUACAUACAUGUAAUACACAAAAUUUUAAUGUAUAACAAAUACAUUUGUUUCAAAUAAGAUGUUUUAUGACAUAAAACAAAAUCUAAAGCCUUUACAAAAAUUAUAUUUUAUUAAUUUAUAAAUAUCCUCAGAUUUACAGGUAAAAUGCCUUCUCGAUACAAACAUAUCUUUAAUUAAUAGCAACUUCCAUACAAGCCAAACUUCCUACCUCUCCUUAUUUAUUACCAUAAACUUUGGUCAUUCUCAGUUGUAUGAGUGAAAUAUUGCUUUUGUAUAUAGAGCUGUAAAUCAAUCCUACAAUAUUAUCUGGAGUCUGAUUUCAAAAAAGAAAAUGCUUUGUAUUUGAUCCUAGUGUUACUCUAAAAAAAUAUUAUUAUUACUGUUACUGUAAAAAUCAAUAUUAAAACAGUAGAGAAUA